CGCCUCGAGCGAAGAUCCUGCACAGUGAUAAGGAGUGUGAGUGCGCAAUGGAAGUGUAAUUUUCGCUCCGAUGAUGUUUUCGCUGUGGCACGGUGUUUAUUAUUAAAUUAGAAAAAUCCGAAAUCGCAAUCAACAUAUCGUUUGGAGAAAAUUUCAGAAUUCCGUUGGAUUGCUUCCCUCUGCUAGCAUUUUGUUUUCGUUCCGGUGUGUGGUGCAAUCAGUUGGGUGUGUUUCGAUUGGAUUACAUUUUUCCUCGGAGUUAAAAUGCCAUAGUCGACUUUGAUACGAAAAUGACCUGUACGGAAGUCAUUCUGGCUGUCCAACAGUUGUGCGAGAAAAAACAGCGAAAACUCGGUGAUUUUGGAGUGUUUUGUGGUACUUUUCGUGCAUGAUGAUAAAUGCGAUGCUUGUGGGGCUGAGGUCAAACGAAUGAAACAAAAUUUGUCUAUGCUGGAGUCGGAUUAAUCGCGAGAAAUUUGGUUGUAUCUGGCGAAAACAAGAAGGCAAAAAAGAACCAGACGUGAGUUGUUUUUGUUUUUGCUGCACUGCUGUCAUUAUUGAUUGCUUGGAAACGGGGUUGCGAGAACAGAACUUCGUCGUGCCAGCUUGAGAAGUACCUUCUCGCGCGGAUCAUGGCCACUCAUACAGAGUAUGGAUACCUGCCGGGAUCGGAUGAAUUGAAUAAUGAAGAAGGAUCUUGCAAUCGGCUUCGAGUGAAAGUAAUUGCGGGUCAUCAACUUGCCAAGAAGGAUAUAUUUGGGGCCAGUGAUCCCUACGUCCGGAUCGACCUGAACACAAUCACCGGCGACGAGAACAUCGAUUCGGUGCUGACGAAGACCAAGAAAAAAACCCUGAACCCAAAAUGGAACGAGGAGUUUAUCUUCCGGGUGAAACCGAACGAGCACAAGCUGGUGCUCCAGGUGUUCGACGAGAACCGACUGACGAGGGAUGACUUCCUCGGGAUGGUCGAGUUGUCGCUGGCCCAGCUGCCAAAGGAAACCGAGGACACCCAGGUUCCGAUCAAAAGUUACCCUCUGCGGCCACGCAGGUCAGUAGGUGCUCGGUCCAAGGUGCGAGGACAGCUGGAGCUGUAUCACGCCUACAUCCAGGAUCAGAAUACACCCGAGGAGAUAGAUUGGGAAAUUAUUGAGCCAACCAAUUCCAUACCCACUAACACGGAAGUGGGGGCCGCAGAAACUCUUCCUUCCGGCUGGGAGGAACGACAGGAUGCUAAUGGACGCACCUACUACGUGAAUCACUUGGCCCGGUCAACGCAGUGGGAGCGACCGACUGCCGCCCUGAGUCAAUCGACGCAAGACAAUGAUAUGGCCGCCGCUUUCCAGAGACGCGUUCACAUCAGUGUGGAUGAUAACAUAACGGACACCGACACUUUAAGCAUCGACAAUGAAUCGAUAAGUUUGACUAACGAGGAUGAAGAGGAUGGAUCACAGCUUUCGCAACGUACCGAACUAACGCAUGAUCAAGCUGUAGAGACACAGUCGUCACUCUUCAUCGAAGAGGAUUAUGGCCAGGAGGAACAACGGUUGGCUACAAUGGUGCCCCCACAGGAAGACGAGUUCGGUGUUGACGCACUGAGCGUUGCUUUGGAUUACGACUGCGAUGAUGAGUCGAGUAGCGCGAGCAUCACCUCGGAACUGGCAGCAAUGCGGCUCGAUGCUUCGUUAAACAGUUCGGUCGCAUCUCUCGCCAUGGAUGGCAGCAGAUCGGUGGUACCAAGGGGUUCUCCAAGCCCCGCUAGCUUAUCAACUAACGCCGAGGCAACCCGACGAGAGAGUGGGAUUAUCUUCCGCUCCGAAUCGUUGCGUUCACUUCCAACGAUUCGCGUUAGCUCGCCACCGCAGCUACCGGCAGCGUUGGUUCGAAGCCCAAGCCGAGUCUGCUCGGUAGCGCAUCCCUCCAGUGCCGGCGUCAGCCGAAGAAGAAGACUUCCACCGUUGCCAAUUAACCUGCCGCACGGGGAGGAGCAAGCUCUGGACGCAGAGAAUGCUCCUCCUCCCUCGCCGCAAGACAUUCCCGAGUUGAACGAACAAGAGCCCACCGGAGAGGAAGUGGAUCACACAGUUCAGAGUCGAAUUUUGCAGCACCUCAACGAGGGCAGUCGACGCUCGCUGAGCCGCUCCUCGAUCGGUAGUGAUAAUAGUAUUCGGGGCAACGGAACCCCCGCCGGGAGUCAUGCAAACGGGGAGGAUGAAGCGGACAGCGGGGGAGGCGGACGGCGCUCGUCCACCAACAAUAACACCGAUCCGGGCGAUGAUCGUUCGUCGACGCGAUCUUCCACCUCCAACGAGAACGAUUCAUCGAGCAGUAGUCCCGCGGGGCUGGAGGCGGUUCUGCCGGCCGGAUGGUCUAUGCAGCUGGCUCCCAAUGGAAGGGUGUUUUUCAUCGACCACAAUGAGAAGAAGACAUCCUGGGUGGACCCGCGUACCGGGCGAGCCAGUCCGAUGCCGAACGCUUCGAACAAUCCCGCAAUCAGUGAUGCCCGCCGGCCGGAGGAUGGACUGGCACCGCUGCCGGAGGGCUGGGAGGAGCGGGUCCACACGGAUGGGCGGAUUUUCUUCAUCGAUCACAACACGAGGACCACCCAGUGGGAAGAUCCUCGGCUAUCGAUGCCGAACGUGGCUGGACAGGCGGUUCCUUAUUCGAGAGAUUACAAGCGGAAAUACGAGUACCUUAAAGGGCAGCUGAGAAAACCGGCUAACGUCCCGAACAAGAUCGAAAUCAAAAUUCGCCGAGCGUCGAUCCUGGAGGAUUCCUAUCGCAUCAUAAACUCGAUCACGAAGGUGGACCUACUCAAGACCAAACUGUGGAUCGAGUUCGAGGGCGAGGCAGGACUGGACUACGGUGGACUGGCUCGCGAGUGGUUCUACCUGCUGUCCAAGGAGAUGUUCAAUCCUUACUACGGGCUAUUCGAGUACUCGGCGAUGGAUAACUACACGCUGCAGAUAAAUCCGUUCAGUGGGUUGUGCAAUGAGGAUCAUUUGCAUUACUUCAGGUUCAUAGGUCGGGUCGCAGGGAUGGCCGUCUACCACGGCAAACUACUGGACGCGUUCUUCAUCCGUCCGUUCUAUAAGAUGAUGCUGCAGAAGCCGAUCGAUUUGAAGGAUAUGGAAGCGGUGGAUAUGGAGUACUACAACUCGCUGCUCUGGAUCAAAGAGAACGAUCCGAGUGAGCUGAUGCUCACGUUCUGCGUGGACGAGGAAACCUUCGGUUACACCAGUCAAAGGGAACUUAAACCCAACGGAGCGAACAUUGAAGUCACGAAUGAAAAUAAAGACGAGUACAUCAAACUCGUUAUAGAGUGGCGCUUCGUUGCGCGAGUCAAGGAUCAGAUGCAGGCCUUCUUGGACGGGUUUGGCCAGAUCGUUCCGCUGAAUUUGCUGAAGAUUUUCGACGAAAAUGAACUUGAGUUGCUGAUGUGUGGCAUUCAGAGUAUUGACGUUAAGGAUUGGAAGAGGAACACGCUCUACAAGGGUGACUAUUUCGCAAACCACGUUAUAAUUCAGUGGUUCUGGAGAGCGGUGCUUUCGUUCUCUACCGAGAUGCGAGCCCGAUUGCUACAGUUUGUGACCGGAACGAGUCGGGUUCCGAUGAAUGGAUUCAAGGAGCUGUACGGCUCCAAUGGACCUCAGAUGUUUACGAUUGAAAAGUGGGGAACGCCGGAAAAUUAUCCCAGGGCUCAUACGUGCUUCAACCGUCUGGAUUUACCCCCCUAUGAGAGCUACCUUGCGCUGAAGGAUAGACUUAUAAAGGCAAUCGAAGGGAGUCAAGGCUUUGCUGGAGUGGAUUAAAUUCCACUGGUGAAGUGGUAUAUAACUGUAAAUAUGUAUGACGAAAAGGUAAAAUUAUCCAACAUUCCCCUGGGAUUUAGUCACCCUUGGUAAAACAAAAUACUAAACCAGCUAUCGUGUGCAGCGAAAAUAGUGCUUAAGAAUCCUUCUUGAAGUAGUUGAGACAUCCGCGUGUGUCUUUUUUUCAACUCCUCGACUUGUUUUAGUUUUUUUUUCUACUAGAUACAUGACAAUCUGUUAAUAAGGUGCUCUCCUUGCAAACCUUGGAUAUUCUCUUCUAGCUGCCAAAAACUGUAUUCUGAUGAUAGCUUUGAGUGAGUAAAUUUUCCUGUUGAACAAUUUUCUAGCCUAAACGAAACGAAAAACUUUACACGUAAGCAAAUUUAGUCAAAAUUUACUAGUGAUGUUGGCAUUUACAUUUGUUUUGAAUACUUGCCUUAUUCGCGUUAGAACUCGUCCUGGACAAGAUUGGCCCCGCCCCGGAGAGUUCAUUUGCGAUUGCGAUUUAACUGUUGAAACUAUCCUUACAUAUUUUACUGUUCUCUCCAUUUUAAUUGUUCGGUUUCCGUUAGGGUUGUCGCAUAGUUUUAAACUCUUUUUACACGAAAAUAUAUACAUAUAUAUAUAUAUUUAUAAAGAUCCCUCUAAAUGUGAACCAAGCGAAAUUGUUACUUAAGCUGUUAGAGCGUUAUAGACAAUGGAUGGAAAGUUAAAGUGAGGCCGGGAAGGGUGGAUCGAAACCUAAACCAUCGCGUUUGAGAGCUUGAGAGAGAGAGAGGGCUGCAGUGCUACAGGAGCUAUAGAUUAUGAUAAAUACAGUUAUUGCAGUUAUUGCGUUGCCACGGGUGAGCGGAAGGAAGAAGCUAUUAGACGAAAAUCAAAGAAUUAUAGCUAAAUAUUUUCAAAGUAUUUUUAACUCUUAUUACAUAUAUUGAUAAUGGCAUCAUAUUGAACAACAAA